CAAGCAAAUUACACGUUGUUAUAAGUAGAACAAUAAGCGCUAGACCCUUUUGGUUACUCAACAAAAACCCAAAAAUCCUAUUUAUAUAGCUAUGGCCACAGAUACUAUUCCGGCACCGGAAGAUGAUCGGAAUAUCAGCCGGAAAAUGACACGGUCGACGAGGACGAGGACGAAGUGCCCGACGCCGUUCUUAUCGAAAACUUAUGAUCUUUUGAAGGAGCAAGAAGAAGAGAAUAAUAAUAAUAUUAAGGUUGUUUCAUGGAAUGGUGAAGGAAAUGGAUUUGUUGUGUGGUGUCCAGAUGAAUUUUCUGAGGUUAUGUUACCUAAAUACUUCAAGCACAACAAUUUCUCUAGUUUCAUUCGACAACUUAAUACCUAUGGAUUCAAGAAAGUAGCAUCAAAACGUUGGGAAUUUCAGCAUGAAAAGUUCCAGAAAGGGUGCAGGCAUUUGCUAGCAGAAAUAACAAGGAAGAAAUGUGAGCCAAGUGUCUUUCCUGCUUACUUAAAUCCUUGUGAAAAGAGCAAAUUAUUAGCUAAAAAUAAUCAAGAGAAUACAAAAAGGCAACUUCUCAUGGAAGAGAACCAAAACUUGAAAAAGGAAAAGAUGGAAUUGCAAAUGCAAAUUGCUCAUUUCAAAACAUUGGAAAUGAAAUUGUUGCGAUGCCUUUCUCAAUGUGUGGAAAAUCAACAUAAUAAAAGUAGAAGAUUGUUUUAGACAAACGCAGAAGGCUGAUUUUUUUCCUUUUCUUAGUGAUACAUGAAUAAUUAGAUACCUCGAUCUGGCUCCAAUUGACUCCACCUUUAGAGGACAUAACUAUUUUUCUCUUUUUUCAAAAUGGGGAAUAAGGGAGAAAAUAAUUAAUCCCAGCCCCUCCCA